CUUAUUGGUUCGGUCAAUAAUUUCAUCAAGGACCACCCAGGUUUCUGUUUAGAGCAACUAGCCCUGUUGAUAUUUGCUUAUGGGCUCCAUCGUUAUAAAAAAAAAAUGAUUGGGGGAUAUAUUGUGUUGGACGUGUGCCUCUUUAUCAUUUUUCCCAUGUCACACAUCUACUUCGUAAGUGUUGGUUACUCUAAAGAAUUCCACGGACAUGUUCGUGUUAAGGGAUCAGGUAAGGCUGAAAGUGGAACCACUGCCAAGGAAGAAAUUCAGCAGCGUCAGAAAAUGUGCCCACGUGAUAGGAAAGUUUAUGUCGAGGGAAAGCUGCAGACUUGGGGAGAAGAUAAAAUCUUGAAUCAGAUUCAGGAUGAAGAUGAAAACUUGAUGGAUAACCUUGAAGACCCUUCUUCUGCCUCAACCUUUAUGCCUGAGUUGGGCAUGAUGUUGAAAAAGCUAGAGGAAAUUAUUCAGAGUAAAAUAGUAAAUGCCUUGGAAGAACACAAACAGAGCUACUCAGUGAAAUGCGAAGAUUCAUGGCAAAUUGUCCUGAUGAAAGUGGUGGAGAAAUAUGAGGAGGAUAACAAAAGGUUGAAGGAGCAAAACAACGAAUUGACCACAAAACUUAUUGCUGCGACUGAAUCCUCUCAGUUAUACCGCAACCUUCUUCAUGAAGGGAUAUUUUAGUAUAAUCUUAGCUAGUGAUUAAUAGCCAAUAAUAAAUCUUCUAAUAUAUUUACUGCAACCUGCAUGGUUCAUAAUACUGUGUUAGCUAUUGACACAAACUGCGUCCUUUGUGACUUUGUGUCUGUAAUUAGCUAUAAAGUCUUUGUAAUAUUAGAAUAGGAAAAGAUGAUUCGGUUAAUUGACAAAUUUAUCAUUCUUUCUCAUUUUCUUUUGUUCUAUCUCUCUCCCUCGGUUUCUCUCUGAAUCUCCCACCUUCUUCUUACUCGGAUCUAAUCCGGAAUAUCUGACUGGUCUUAUUCAUAACAAUUGUUAAUGUUGAAGAUGAUUCAAGAGUUCGUCCUAAGUAAAACACAAGAAAAUAUUAUCAUUUAGUCAUCUUACAAUGAAAGGGUUCCCAAAAAGUAUCAAAUCUA